GGCGGGGCCGGGGCGGGCAGCGGCAGCGCAGCCAUGAGCUGCCUGCGGGAGGAGGACGACCCGUACGUGGUGGAGGAGCCCAGCGACGAGGAGCGGGCGCUCAGCAGCUCCGAAGAUGAGGUGGAUGUGCUGUUACAUGGCACGCCUGACCAGAAGCGGAAGCUGAUACGGGAGUGCCUGACUGGGGAGAGCGAGUCCUCCAGCGACGAUGAGUUCCAGAAGGAGAUGGAAGCGGAGCUGAACACCACCAUGAGGACUAUGGAAGGCAAAUGGAAAUCACCAGAAAUGGGUUCUUCCUCGGGUACUGGGCAGGCUGGACCUGCCACCACUUCAAAAUACUAUGAUGACAUUUACUUUGAUUCUGAUUCAGAGGAAGAAGAUAAAAGAGUUACCCAGGAUGUCCGGAAAAACAGAAAACAUCAGCAACGUCGGAUUCUUACCAAUGAUGAACUGCUGUACGACCCAGAAGAAGAUAAUAGAGACCAAGAAUGGGUAGACUCACAGAGGAGGGGGUACCGUAAUCAAAGAAGAGUGCCGCAGCAGCAGCAGCCAAAACCUUCAGCUGUUCCAAACAGUGAUGCUGUUUUGAAUUGCCCUGCUUGCAUGACAACGUUAUGCCUGGACUGCCAGAGACAUGAAUCUUACAAAACACAAUAUAGAGCAAUGUUUGUGAUGAACUGCACUGUUAACAAAGAAGAAAUUCUGAAAUACAGAAAGAAGCUAAAGAAAAGAAGUAAGAAAAUGAAGCACAGCAAAGAAACUACGUCUAUAGAAUCAAAUCAAGAAGAGGAGGAAGUGUAUCAUCCCGUAUUAUGUACUGAAUGCUCGACUGAAGUGGCAGUAAUGGAUAAAGAUGAAGUUUUUCACUUCUUCAAUGUUCUAGCUAGCCACUGCUAAUGUGUAAAAGCAGAGGCAUAAAUCCUGCACUGUUUAAGACUGUAUGAAGUAUCAGAAAGGCAGGCAUGUUAGCCUUUUUUAAGUAUGGUCUUUUAAAUGUACAUUUUUGUCAGAGAACUUUAUACUGCUUGGAUUUUUGCAAAGUUUUCAAAAGCAAUACAUUUAACUUUGUGCACUUGAGAGCAGUAUUCUUGCAUGCUGUCAGGUGGUUACAUCAUUGAGGAUUUAAAAUUUUGUAAAUAUAAUGCAAGAUCUGUGUAUUAUGAUAAUUCCCUGUAUAUAUACUAUUAUCUCAAUAUGUAUUAGAACUGCUGCUUAGAAUAAAUACUGUAUAGUAACUGGUUCUCCAUAGCUGCACUGAUCAUUUCUAUGGAAGGUGAUAAACAACUCUGUCAGCUUGUUCGGCAUUUUUAGGCUGGUAAUCUUGGUAGAUUUGCACACAGGUAGGUUUGAUAAGGAAUUGUCAUAUUUGGAAUUUUGGCCCAUUAAGAUCUCAAAAAUUUAAACAUUUAUACAGAGUGGAAGAUUAGCUUAUAUCAAGUUUGCUGGCAUGGAUCAUUUAAAUGAACAUUUUUUUUUACAUGCUUAGUAAUAGUUUUUUUUACAAGCUUAGUAAUACGAUUCAGAGUUUUAAAUGUAAAUAUGUAUAUGAGGAAGACUGGACAUUUUUUCUGUUGCCCUUUUUCCUUAUGAUGACACAUUUUAAGAAGAAUUUAUGGUUGGAUCUAUGACCAUAGAGCUCGUUUGUAUGCUUUUUCUGUUUCUUUAGUACAUUUACAUCUUCUUUAUGGAAACAAAGAGCUUCUGCUACUUAAUAUUUAGACUUCUUCCUUAGUCUAUGAAGCCACUGCAAUGUUAACUGUGGAUCCUUCCCUCUUUUCCUCCAGGCACGCUCUCAAGAGGUCAACUCUUGGGUUUUAUUAGUAAGUAACAUCUCCUCUUUAUAGCCUGAUAUUUUUUAACACUUCACUUUGAACAAGGGUCUGUCUGAAAAAAAAUCUCAUCUUUAUGCUUUUUCUUUUAAUAGAACUAAGAAUAACCGAUUAUAUGUGCUUUGAGGAAUUGUCAGAAAUAAUUAAAUUUAGGAGGUAGGAACCUGAAGAACAUACUUCUUUUGUGCCUUAGAUUAUAAUAAAAUCUCGUGCCUCUUUUGUUAUCA